GAAACUGGCUAUCUUAAUAACAUGCUAGCCCUGCAGUGGAUACAGCUAUUCAACAAGCUUACCAAGGAUUCGGCUAAGGGUACGCAUCGUAUGCUACUCUGUGACCAAUUCGGAUCGCAUCUUACAUACGAAUUCGUCAAAAACUGCGAGGAUCAUAACAUUAUCCUAUUCUUCCUUCCUCCUCACUCAAGCCAUCUACUUCAACCGCUAGAUGUGGGUGUAUUCAGUGCUUAUAAGCACUGGCAUAGCGAGUGGGUAUACGAUGCUACAGUAAGCGGCUACGAGAAGAUUACAAAAGACGAUUUCCUUGGUGCGAUCGCGCAGAUUCGGCAGAAGACCUUCAAACCUGCUACAAUCAAGCUUGGAUUUCGAUUGACUGGCCGUUGGCCUAUCAAUCCUAGUCUAAUUAUUGAUUCCCUAGUCGAUUCAGGGCGCGAUUUUGGCUAUAAUACACCAAGCCCCCUAUCAUCCGUAGCUAGCCAGGAUUCGUCAGAUCUUAGCACACCAAAGACUACUGAGCAGGUGAAAAGACUAGAAGAGCGGCUGGAGGAUAAGAUUGAUCGUAUGCAACAACCCUCUCGUCGCCUAAUUAAAAAGCUUUCGAAAGCUGCGACCGAUUUCGCGCAUCUUGUAGCGGAACUGAAGCAGAACAUCGAGAAUUCGGAAUACCUACGAGAGCAGCGAUACGCACGCGAAAAUCGCUCGCGAAAAGCUUCCAAAUUGACUGGGAUAGUGCACUCUAGCCAGGUUGAUCGUAUGAAGCGAAUUGUUAAAAGGGGUGAUGACCUGAGGGCUCUCAUGAAGUUGCGACCCUACUACAAGCGUGAGGUCAUGCCGGAGUUGAAGAGGGUUUGCAAAGCGAAGGGGUAUUUCAUCAAAAAAUAG